AUGGUGAAGGCAAAAGAAAAUUCAUCCGUGUUGCUGCAUAGAUCUGGUUACACCCUUUUCCUGGUUGCAACAUACUCGAGUCUGGCCUUGGUUGCCUGGACACUAACAUGUCUGCUGACGUACAAUCCUCUCACGGUCGGACAAUAUGAGCUCAACGUACACGAGCGUAGCUAUGGAUCAAGCGCCAAAUUCUUCCAUGCAAAAUAUGUCAAAUCUGAGGAAAUCUACAGAGCUGCUCGCACUCUCCAGACAAUAGUAGCGCUGCUCACCAUUCCCCUCACCUCGGCCGUCUGCUCUGCUGCUGCACCCGCAUUCGCGCAGACUGGACCAAGGCAGCACCGCUUGACAAUGCGGCAGCUGAUGGUGCUUGCUGAUAAGGGAUGGACUGAUCCAGUGACUAUCGCAAAGGUCUUGUGUGGGAAUGGGAAGAAACUUGGAUCGCGGUUGUUGUUCUUUGCGGUAUUGCUCAACAUCCUGGUGAUAUUUCUGGCCGAUAUACCUGAUCAAUUCGAGGACUCGUGGGACAACAAUGUGGUUACCAUCAUGACACGAAACGCGCUUUCGACAAGCAACACGGCGCCACAAGCUCGCUUGUGGCAGAAUGAAUUCAACUGUUCGAUGCUGGUCAGCAACCUCACUGAGCAGUGUCUUCUGGGCGCUGCCACGCUUGGUCAGAUCUCGCAAAUGUCGAAUCCGUACUUUGCCCAAUUGCCGGCCGGCACUCAUACCGGGGUCAUCAAACAGUUCCUUCCCCGGAUGAACUCUUCUGUUCGAUGGGAGUCUGUGCCAGCUGAAGCGAUGCCUGCGAAUUGCGCAUCGCUACCAGGCUCAUUCUACGUGCACUACUCGAACUCAACCUGGCCACCAGAGUCUGACUGGGACUUGAUGGGAGGUGCGCCCAAGAACUGGAGCAUCGAAGCCUGCAUGCCCGGCAAUCAAAGUGCUGUCCCUUGGAAGAGCACCUACCACAGGCAAGAUUUCGUUGAAGAAUUGUAUCUCAACAUAUCCGUCAUGGGCUACGACUGGCAACAUGCUUCUGAACAGCCACCUGGUUCACCACACUUCGGAGGAGUCUUUAAAGUCACGUCCAAUACCACCGCUGGCUAUUUCGAGCUUCCCAAUCACAUGAACGGAGGAAAGGCUGGGGAGAUUAUUGAGGAUGACCCCAAAAAUCUCUGUGGCUCUGACUGUAUGUCGCAAACCCCUGCAGGAAAAUUGUCGUCGAGAUCUGCAGCCAUAAAUUAUCAGAACGACGAUUCUUGGGAUCUCAACACUUUGAAGAACAAAGGUCCGCUUCUGACUGUCGCUAUGGCUUUGUUCGGCUAUGGGUCGUACACACCAGCUCAGCUCGAUCACCCGAAAGCAUACCUCUCGAACAUCACAUAUUACAAUGAUAGUCCCAAGAACAAGACCAAUCACGCCAGCAGCUGUAUCAACCAAAGGCCGUUCGAAUCGCUUCUUCAACCAUCAUAUGGGAGAAGUGCGAAGUGUGUCAUGGACGACGUCCGAUCACUAGAAGAAUUAGAUGAUGGAAUCGCUCGCUAUCUCCAGUCCUUUUAUGUCAAUACCCAAUACGAAGUUGGAGAUGCCGAAAGACCCACGAAUGCCUUCGCAGCCGCCGUGUACCUCGCGACGGAGGCAUGGUUCACUACUGGUCAUUCCGAUUGGGGUUCCAGGUCAGUCCACUCUGACCCUGGAGCCGACACGACGAUACCCACCAUGUCUCUUGCGAGCAUGAUCAUCUUAUCUCUGAUGCUAGGCGUUUACCUCGCUUGUAUUAUUGUGCUUUCGGUCUAUAUCUCGAGGAAACCGUUGUGGACAAGACAACUGGACUCUUUUACGAUGAUGCGGAUUGGUGCCGAGAUGCACGAACAAGUGCCUUUCAAGAUAUGUUUCGAAGUUAGCGCUGUCCGUAUCUUGGACGAUAUGCCCGGCUACGUUGGUGAUGCGACUGGAGGCGAAGGUGAUGUCGGUAUGUUAGGCAUUGGGUCUAACACUCCACUCACUGGUGUCCGCUGGUACGAGAGCUACAAACCCGAUGCCGUGAAAGAGGCUCAAGAAACGCGUCGAAGGGCUCAGUUCCAAAUUCACCCAUUAAGCCAGCAACAGGACAAGUCGGUGAACGCAAGGCAAUAA